AGUAACUAUGUAAUUUGGGCAAGGGGCACACCAUAUUCAGUAAUAAGGAUCAGGCAUACGGGAGUCAUACAAGGAAUAACUAGGACAGGAGCUGUUACUUUGUUGUCCCAAGUACUGUGCUGCUGCCUAUGCUACACAUACAGAGGUGGGAGCGUAGAGAGGAGAUCUAAUACACAUUUGUUGUAGAUGGACGCUCAGGCAGCUGCCACUGUGUGAGACAGGACAGGUUUCCAUAUAUAGCACUAACAUGUCACAGUCCUCAGAAUUAGAGGGUAACGAGGACACGGGGCCUGUCUAUGUGCGGGAGAAAGGUCAGCUGUUCCUAGCAGGAUCACAGUGCUCACGGAUGAGGUCUCGUCCACUUCGAACUUUUUCCAGAGGUUUCUCGGUGGAACUGUGUGUGAAGCAGGAGGAUACAUGUAAACCUAAGGAGAAGCCGUUUAUUUUCACCUACACUGAACAGGGCAGCCUGCGUUAUUCUGCCAAGCCCCUGUUCACCCUGGCUCUCAAUCUCAUUGCUGAUAACAUUCAGCAUGUGGACUCACUACUUGGAUUUCCCGAGCAGAUUGCAGAGAAACUGUUCACUGCCGCGGAAUCCAGACAGCAAUUCUGUAAACCCAACAGUGGCCUUGUAGCUCUUCGGAAAUUCACAGAGGCUUACGGAGACUUGAUGCUGUCAUCACUUUGUCUGCGGGGCAAGUAUUUGUUAGUCUCUGAGAAGCUGGAGGCCAUCACCUCAUUUCACGGCCUACACAGAUUAGACCUGUCCUGCUGUAAGCUGGGGGAUGAACACGAGUUGCUUGGCCACCUUACCUCCGAGGCUCUAAACAGCCUGAGGGAGCUAUACUUGAAGGAUAAUUGUCUGUCUGAUAUUGGGAUCAGGAAAAUGACUGCUCCUCUGCGUGUCCUGAAUAGAGGACCUGGAUGCCUGACACUGCUAGAUCUGUCAUGCAACCAGGGAAUAACUGAGCUGGCGGUGACGUUCCUGCUUGUAUUUAAACAGCUUUUAUACUUGGACAUUUCUGAUACAGGUGUGCAGGAUCACUUUGCAACAUGUAGGAGAAUACAGACGAGGACAGGCCUGCAUCAUUCUAAGGGUCCCUUAGCCCAGUUUGACCAUGUGGACUGCAGGACUCAGGGCUGGGCUGAGCAGCUUUUCAGGCAGUGGGAUCAAUUUGUAGCAUCUGCCAUUAAGCCAAAGGAAAUCCUGAAAUCCUGGACUGCAGCACAACAAUUCUAUGGAAAAGAUAAGUCGAAUCACCAAACUAUGGAGAAAUGCGUCUUACAAGUUACACCAUCAGCAACAUGCACCACAAAUCUUCAGUUUCACAGGCCGGUGGCAGGAGACCAGGAUCUUGUCCCCUCCGAAUCUAACUCCGAACAUUUUGCAGCAAAAAGAUCUCUUGAAGGCAAAACUCCAGACGUUCUUCCCUCUGCUCCGUCUGCAAAGAGGUCACGUGUGGCUCUCACUACAGACGACUGGAACCUGCUGAACUCCUACUGAGAGGAAAGGUGGCUAUCUCUCCACAGAGCAGAACUCUAGAGACCUCAGACACAAGGUUUUACGGUGCUUCCUAGGGGAAACCUCUAUCACAUCCAGCAAUAAUACUGCCCAUACUCUAUUCAUUGCUGGUGCUGAAUGUGGGAUUGCAAAGUACUGUCACUGCAGUUAGGUUACACGUUGCAUGGGGACAGGGAGAGAGAGACUCUCUGUGACAAAGACAUAGACAACUGGUCAUUUGUGCAUUUAUCUUCACCCUAUUGGCGUAUCUAUAAUGUGUGCAGUAUGUGCGAGGCACACAGGUCCAGGGGGGCCAACCCCACACACUGCACCCAUUUGUUUAAUACUUACUUCUCUGGAGUCCCCCGUCGGAGCCAUCCCUUCUCGGCAGUGCAAUAGAGUCUGAACACUAGGGGAAACAAACUCUAUUGCGCCUGCUAAAAACUCCGGAAAUGUGGCACGGUGGCCAUUUUUUCGGAGUUUUGCGCACGCACAUUAGGAAAAUAUUUGGGAAAAUGGCCGCUGCAACAUGUUCCUGAGAUCUGCGCAUGCGCAAUAGAGUCUGUGCUCAGACUCUAUUGCCGCUGCAGAGAAGGUUGGCACCGACGGGGGACUCCGGAGAGGUAAGUAUUAAAACCUUGUGCCUCGGUCAGAGAGGAGAGGGCCCCUGAUGCAGAAGGAUGCACACGGGCCUCCUCCUCUCUUAAAACGCCCCUGCUUUACCCACUGUGGUUCAUUCAGAUUUAAGUCUAAGAGGGAAAUGUAUCAAAACUUGGAGAGCGAGAAAGCACCAACCAAUCAGCUUUUAACUGUCAUUUUAUAGGCUGUUUGAAAAAUGUCAUUUAGGAACUGAUUGGUUAAUACUUUGGGGUAUAUUCAAUUGAAGUCGAAAACUGCCGUCUGUCGAAAAGACGGCAGUUUUCGACUUUUUAAGGUCGAAUCCUGAUUCGACCUAUUCAAUAUUUCCCCAAAUUUUUCGACAAGUCGCUGAAUUCGACUUGUCGAAAAAGCACGUGAAUCGGCGGAAUAGCUGCCGGUCCACAUGCUUGUGUCGAAAACGGGGCCACGCUGCUGGAGCUGGGUGGAAGCUGCCGUGAGGUCAGGCGGCUGUGUGACAUCCUCCUGCAGCGCUACUGUAGCGCUGAUCUUCCCUGUAUGCCCGCCGGCUGUCCCCCCGCUGGUCUCCCCGUGGCUCGCCCCCUCUCCCCCUCUCCUCCUCUGCGUCCCAUCUAAGUUCGACUUGAAAAAGUCGAAUUAAGAUGGGAUUGAAUAGGGGUUGUCGGAUCCAUUCCGACAAAUACAUGUCGGAAUGGAUCCGACUUUAAUUGAAUAUACCCCUUUAUCUCUCCACUUUUCUUUCCAAGCUUUUAAACAUCUCCUAAUUAAAAAUUCAGCAGAAAGUGGCUACAUGAUGUUAGGAUUUCAUAGGUUCCACCACAACGUUUGAAUGGAAUCCGGCGUCUUACAUAAGAACAUAACUGGUAACAGCAGCUCAGUGUUUUUUCUUACAGGGCAUGCUUGCACCUGUAGUUCCACCAUUGCUGUGGAGCCACCGUUUACUUACCUAUAUUUUAGCUGGGUAAUAACUGCUACAUGAAAUGGCCCUGAUCUACAGAAUGUUAAUCUCACCGAACGUGCUAAUGAAUAUUGAAUGGAGAGCCGAAUGGAACUAGACAAUCAUUGAAAAAGUGCCUGGAUGCCUCCAUGUAUGCUUAAGGUCCCACAGUAAAGUUUGUUAGUUUUAAUUGUAUUGUUAUGUUCUCGGCACAUAAUAAAUUCUAUUUUGCUAAA